UGCCAUCAUCUCCUCUGUUUUCUCCAUUUCUUCUUCAGACACACUAUAUUCAAACAUCCUCAAUUUCCUCUAACAUGGAUCCAGUUUCAAUCUGGGGCAAUACACCCUUAUCAGAAACCGACCCGGAAAUCCACGACCUUAUCGAAAAAGAAAAACGCCGUCAAUGUCGCGGCAUAGAACUAAUCGCAUCGGAAAAUUUCACGUCGUUCGCCGUAAUCGAAGCCCUAGGCAGCGCCUUAACUAACAAAUACUCAGAAGGAAUGCCAGGUAACCGUUACUACGGCGGCAAUGAAUACAUAGACGAAAUCGAAAACCUAACACGUUCCCGCGCUUUACAAGCUUUUCACGUGGAUCCCACGAAAUGGGGUGUUAAUGUUCAACCAUAUUCAGGUAGUCCAGCUAAUUUUGCUGCAUAUACAGCAGUUUUAAAUCCACAUGAUAGAAUUAUGGGAUUGGAUUUACCAUCAGGUGGGCAUUUAACACAUGGGUAUUAUACAUCUGGUGGGAAAAAGAUUUCAGCUACUUCAAUUUAUUUUGAGAGUUUGCCUUAUAAGUUGGAUUCAAAAACCGGGUAUAUUGAUUAUGAUAUAUUGGAAGAGAAGGCAUUGGAUUUUAGGCCUAAGUUGAUUAUUUGUGGAGGGAGUGCUUAUCCUAGAGAUUGGGAUUAUAAAAGAUUUAGAGAUGUUGCUGAUAAAUGUGGGGCUCUUUUGCUUUGUGAUAUGGCUCAUAUUAGUGGCCUUGUUGCUGCUCAGGAAGCAGCAAAUCCAUUUGAAUACUGUGACUUGGUCACUACUACUACCCACAAAAGCUUGAGGGGUCCAAGGGCGGGUAUGAUCUUCUACCGGAAGGGUCCCAAGCCACCAAAGAAGGGCCAGCCUGAGGAUGCAGUUUACGACUUUGAAGACAAAAUCAAUUUUGCUGUUUUCCCCUCUCUCCAGGGCGGUCCUCACAACCACCAGAUCGGUGCUUUAGCCGUGGCUUUGAAACAGGCCAUGACUCCUGGUUUUAAGGCCUAUGCUAAGCAAGUGAAGGCAAAUGCUGUUGCUCUUGGCAACUACCUGAUGAGUAAAGGAUACAACCUCGUCACUGGCGGGACUGAAAACCACCUUGUUCUUUGGGAUCUUCGCCCUCUUGGUUUGACUGGUAACAAGGUUGAGAAACUCUGUGACCUUGCCAACAUUACUGUUAACAAGAAUGCUGUAUUUGGUGAUAGCAGUGCUUUGGCCCCUGGAGGUGUUCGUAUUGGUACUCCCGCCAUGACAUCGAGGGGUUUGCUUGAGAAGGACUUUGAGCAGAUCGGCGAGUUCCUUCAUAGGGCAGUGACAAUCACCUUGAACAUCCAGAAGGAGCAUGGAAAGCUUUUGAAGGACUUCAACAAAGGUCUGGUUAACAACAAAGAAAUUGAAGAACUUAAAGCAGAUGUUGAGAAAUUUGCUUCUUUUUUUGACAUGCCUGGCUUCAAGAUGUCUGAGAUGAAGUACAAGGACUAAAUAUGAUACUUUGUACCACUGCUGCUCUUGCUUUUUUUCAUUUUUUUUUUCUUUUGUUUGGUUUAAGAAAAAAUUUCCCUUGAAGUUUAUUCAUUUACUAAGAAGAAAAAUUAUUAUUAUGCCUUGUUAUUGUACUUUGUAUGUUAGGUUAGUGAUUGGAUCUUGUCAUGAAAGAAGUUUGUAGUUUCCCUCUGAUUUAUAUCCCUGUUUGAUUUCAA